AAAAGGUGAACAAGAAGAAGACGAUAAAAGAAUAAUGAGAUCGGAAUAAGGAGUAAAGCUGUCCACUUUGUAAGUCGACAUCCUCUUCCCCUGCUCAUGCUGAGGAGCACCAGGCACCAAGUGGCAGCAACUAGCAAGCAACUAACUCUACGUUGUGUUUGGAAUAGAAAGAGUUAUUCAAUGGCAGAACCAAGACAAACUGCAGUGGCAACCAACCUGGAACAAUAAGCUGAUAAGGUGAGGUAAAGCUAAGCCAACAGGCACUGGCAGUGGAGAUUUAGAUAUUAGACAUGGAGGAGAAGCUGUCUGCUGUGACCAAGACGAUAACACCCUCUCCCAUACAACAAUUAUCCUUGCUUGCCCAACGCUGCAACGCCAUCAACCUUUCCCAAGGUUUCCCGGAUUUCCCUGCUCCUUCUCACAUCAAAGAGGCUGCCAUUUCUGCAAUCAAUUCUGACUUCAACCAGUACAGGCACGUUCAAGGAAUUUGUGAGUAUGUGGCAUGUAAAAUGAAACAAACGCAAGGCCUAGACGUUGAUCCUUUGACAGAUAUAGUUAUAUGUUGUGGCCAGUCUGAGGCUUUUGCAGCAACCAUGUUUGCUAUAAUUGAUCAGGGUGAUGAAGUUAUACUGUUUGAUCCAUCAUAUGAGACAUAUGACACUUGUAUUAGAUUGGCCGGAGGAGUCCCUGUGUAUGUUCCCCUUGAUCCACCAUGCUGGAAACUUGAUCCAGACAAAUUUAUAAAAUCAUUUACUGCUAAGACCAAAGCUCUAGUGGUCAACAGAAAAGAGACUGAUACAAAGUGGCACAGUCCUCACAACCCAACAGGGAAAGUUUUUACCAAGGAUGAUCUUGAGAUUAUUGCUGGAGCUUGCAGAACCUGGGAUAUUCUAGCUGUUACAGAUGAAGUGUACGAGCAUAUUACUUUUGACAAUGAAAAGCAUAUAUCACUUGCCACACUUCCAGAGAUGCAGAAGCGGACCAUUGUGACAUCAUCAUUGUCAAAAACUUUUAGCGUUACAGGUUGGAGGAUUGGAUGGGCGAUUGCUCCGGCUAGGAUUGCAUUGGCGAUUCAAAACAUCCAUGUAAAAGUUACAGAUUGUGCUCCAGCACCUUUCCAGGAAGCAGCCUUGACUGCUUUGAGAAGUUCUCCUCAAUACUUUGAUUCAUUGAGAAGGGACUAUCAAUCGAGAAGAGAUUUCAUUCAUGAGUUGCUUGUAAAGGUUGGCUUCCCAAUGCAGUUUAGGCCAAUGGGUUCAGUCUUCGUGUUUGCAGAGCUUCCUGAGAGUUGCACUCUUUCUGAUGUUGAAUUUGUGGAGCAACUCAUCAAACAAGCAGGGGUGGUAGCUGUGCCAGGAAGCGGAUUCUUUCACAAAAGCUCCUGUUCAUCUACAUUUAGCUACCAGAGCAGAUAUAUACGGUUUGCCUUCUGCAAGAGCUUUGAUACGCUGAACAUUGCCGCUCAAAAGAUUACGGGGCUCGUUAAAGAAACCGGGCGUUUGGAGCUAUUUUAGUCUGGUAGGACAGCUGACAAUGGGAUGUUCUUUAUCAAAAAUCAUGCUAGCAGUCUAAUUAUCCCACCUUAUAGUCUUUCUAGACUUUUCCUCUUUUAUUAAUAGCACGAUCGACUUCAACUCUGGAGUUAAUUUGGAAUCAAUUCAUGCGAACAAAUUACGUGAAAUUACUUGAGAUCUGGGGUCAGUUUGGUACGCUGUAAAAUCUUUUGAAGGGAAAAUAUUCUUCAGCAAA